GUAGGAAAAGAUGAAUUACGCAUUUUGGAUUUCUUUGGUGGUAGCACUCAUGUGCCAAUCUGGUUUGGGUCAUCCAGUGCCCGAGGAACCGAGGUGGGAGUUGAUCCCCGAUGGCAAUGGGAACCUGAAAAUGGUCAACCUCGCCGAGAACAGCCUGGCCGAGGAUGAUUCGGAAAUUGUGCCACUGUUCAACCCGAACACGGACAUCAUCUAUCGAUUGUUCACCAGAAGCAAUCCAACGAAUCCUCAAAUCUUGACUAAUGCUGCUUCGAUCCAGGCGAGUAACUUCAAUCCAGCUCAUCCGACUAGGUUCACGAUCCACGGCUGGAGUAACGAUGGGAGUCACUUCAUGAACGCGGACAUCCGGGAUGCUUUCCUGCAAAGAGGAGACUUCAACGUGAUCACUGUGGAUUGGGGAGUUGGCGCUCAGCUGAGCUAUAUCCAGGCUCGGGGUAAUGUUGGACCAGCCGGAGCAGGUGUUUCGGGCUUCAUUGAUAUUCUUCGAGGGGCCACCGGAAUUUCCAGGGAUAGCAUCUACUUGAUUGGAUUCAGUUUGGGAGCACAUGUGGCUGGUAAUGCCGGAAAAGGUCAGAACGGAGAAAUCAAUACUGUGAUAGCAUUGGAUCCAGCUGGACCACUCUUUAGCGUCGGUCAGGAUACUGCUGUCCAGGCAUCCGAUGGUAGAUACGUGGAAACCAUCAUGACCAAUGCUGGACUUCUGGGUCAUUCCGAGCCGAUGGGACAAUCUAACUUCUAUCCCAACGGGGGACGAACUCAACCCGGUUGUGGAGCAGAUGUUGGAGGAAGCUGUGCUCACGAUAGAGCACCAUUGUUCUACGCUGAAUCUGUUCGAUCUGCGACUCCAUUCCGAUCGACCCGAUGCUCCAGCCAUAACGACAUCGUCAGCGGACAGUGCAUUCCAAGUGGCCCCGAUGCCAACAUGGGAGGUCAACCAUCCAACUUUGGACGUGGAGUAAACGGCAUUUACUUCCUGACGACGAAUGACGCAUCACCUUUCGCUAGAGGAUAAAUA